GGGCUCGUUUGUGCUUUUUCCACGUACAAUUUACAUCUGUUCAACAGUAGUUUGAUUUGUUUUUUUGAUUUGUUUAUUUCAAUUGAACGAGGAUGGAGGUGUUCGGUCGCGACGACCAUUCCGUCGACAGCGAGGAGAUCUCGAAUAUGCUCGUCUCUGACGACGCCGAGCUCAGAAAGCUUGCGAGGAGGAUUCGGAUUAAAAAAAGACAACAGGAGUUGGAACCGAGGGAAAAAACGGUACCUCCAAAGACGGAAGCAGAAAAGCAGAUGGAAAAGAGCAUGGAUCGUAUAAUGAACCUUCUAAAUACAAGCUAUUUGUCUGUGACCAAUAUCCGGGUAGCUGCUGUCAAGAGUGACCAGGAAAGGCAGAAAGUGCAAAUGGAAGAACAAGAACAGAUCAGAGGCCUGAUCAAACAAGAAGCUGAUUCUGCACAUAGAAAGUUUAUGGAGAUAAAUAACAAAUGGGAAGAGAUAAAACACCUCAAUGAUCCGCUUGACAUUCACAACGAGACCAAUUUACAAAGAGAAAAGUGCUUACAAUUGCUUGAACAAAAAGAUGAGAUUAUAGAACAGUUAAAAAGCAACUUGGUUGAGUCUGACAAAGUAUUUUUUAGUGAAUUAAAUAAACAAAAUGAAUAUAUAGAUAUACUCUCGGACAGGAUAAAUUCUCAGAUCUACGUAAUGAAUGAUUGCUUUCGUCAAGAACUGGAAAGAUUAGAAAAAGUUAUUACAAUGGAAAAAGAAUGUCUUCUGAAAAAGCGGAGGCUGCAUUUUGACCAUAUAGCUAAAGAAAAGGAAAAUCUUGAGAUGUCAAAUUUAAAAGGCAAGUUUCUCAUGAUUAGGGAUCAUGAAAAUGAAAUGGACGAGAUGAUGGUCGAGCAAGAAGAAGCAAUGCGACUGACAAAACUCGAAUUGACUAAAAAAAUCCAUAAAUUAACAUUGGAGCUUGACAACAUAAGGAAUGUCUGUAUGAUAAACACAGAAAAACUGACAUAUAACUACCAUGUUCUUCAAAAGAGAGAGGGUGAGAAUCGUCUGAUCAAGUCCCAGCAGAAACAAGUCAUUAACCACUUGCAAGAAACAGUGACUGCUUUGAGGAGGAAGUCAGCAGAAGAAAGCAUGAAUGCCAAGAUAAAGAUCGACCGUUUGACAAAAGAAUUAAAAUAUUUGCACAACAAUGUCAAAGACACAUACUACAGGGCUCAACUAUUUUCAGUAUCAAGCUCAAAAAAAUAUUUUCAACUGUGGGACUACAAUCAAAAAGUUGUUGAGGAACUUAUCAAUAAGUUGGUGGGAGCUGAUAAAGCGUUUUAUGAUUUUCAAUUCUGCCUGAUGUGGCAGCCGCCUCAAUGUUCUUUCAAGAGGCAGGCCCUACCAUCUUACAUUGCGGCAAAAAAAACCUUAAAAGACAUGAAAGGAAACAUCGGCAUAAGUAGGAAACUGCCACCAAUGUCUGCUGAGCAGAAAAAUCGUCUCUUGAAAGUCAUAAUGGACAGCAUUGAUGAGAGGGUUGACUUUCUUGUUGAAGACAACAUCAAAGCUUUUGUGGAACCUCUAAAAAAUAAGAACAAGAAACUAGUAACAUUGGACACAUUAUUUACGGCAUUGAAUAUAAGAGAGCUAGAAGACAUAGAUUAUGUAUCAAAAUUCUUUUUACCAUACAUAAAGUGCAUUACGUGUUUAAAUGAGGGCAGAGAAAUUGUUGUGAAAGAUGAUGAGGAUGAGGACAGCCUAGGUGAAAAAGUAAUUGGUAAUGAAAAGGAGUACACUUAUGGAGAUGGAAAAGAGGUCGUGAAGCAUGACGACAUCACACAAGAGAAGCCCAUCACCGAUGUCAUCUCUGAGAAGGUCCGCAACCAGUUCAACAUGGCAAACAUGAUUGUACAAAAUGAGUUCUGCUCUUUGGAGGGCGGUUUUGACUUUAUGAACGAUGAGGGCAACUACACUCUGAAGAUGGACACAAUGCCAAGAGGAUCAGACAUUGUACACAGGCAGGAUGUUUUAGGGAUGAAUGUAAAAGGUAAGACAGCAGAUUUACCAUUUGUUUUGGCUGAAAAGGGCAAAAAAUGUCUCCAAGAGAAAAACGAUAAGAAUGUUUCAAGUGACAAGAUUUCAAAAGAAGUAAAACAGCAAUUGGCGAACCUGAAUUGCAGAGAGGUGAAUCAUGUACCGGGAGUGAGCCCAGUUAAUGUUUGCAAAGCACUUAAAGAAUUUGCGAUCAAAUUCAAUGAGGAUAAAGGAAGUGAUAACACAGAGCUCUUGAGCCACAUGGCUUCCAAGAAGCAUAUCUCUCUUGCACGUUUGUUAAACCUUGAUGAUAUUGAGGGAUUUUGGCGACGGUACACUACAAUCUUCAACAGAGACAAAAUUGCUCUUUGGAAUGCUUUUCUCGUUCAGAUAAAGGAUUAUUACCGAAUUCUAUUAAGGAGACAUUAUUUAAACCAAGAAAUAAAGGCUACAAAAGCCAGAAAUCAAGAGCUUAGGAGGCUGUUGCAGCAAUAUCUGCACCCAAAGUUUAAGAAUUCAAAUCACGAGGAAUUGUACAAUAAAAUACACAAGUUUUUUGAAGAGGAGCCUUCCACCAUUUUCCCACCAGGAGUUGACUUCGGCAUAUUGUCAGACAAAAAUGAAGAAAUGUCUAUCCUAAGUUCAAACAGCCAAACUUCAUCAGUAGCAUCCUUUUAAUAUUUAAAACAAAAAUUAAUAAGUAAUAUUAAUAUGAAAUAAAGUAUAAAAAAUUAUUUAAUCAAAAUGUGAUUUAUAUCAAAUUAUUUCUUUAGUUUUAUCGAGAGACAAGAAGGAUAAAAAUAAUACAGAGAGUAGUAACGGAAGGUGUAGUGCCAGAAGUUCAUAAUUUUAUAUCAAAUUUUCAAACAUUCUCUCAAAAAAUAAAUUAUUUAUAUAUAAACGUAGAAUGUAAUGUUUUUGGUUUAGUUUGUGUUUCUUAUAUAGAGAAUUAGAAUUAAUACUGGUGUAUGCAUUUAUGGGAGGUUCAAUUAUUUUUUGUUUAUUCAUUUUACCAUUUUACUCAUUAUAAAAUCUAAACUAAUGAAUUAGUUUUAACUAACCUUUAUUUAUUUUGCAAAAUAAACAUUUUUUUCUCUAAA